UUCUAGCCGCACGAUCGCUCGGACUGACGGCCGCGAUGCAUCCUACGAGAAGCUUCCCUUUCUCCUAGCAAUCCCAUCCUCCGCCCCCCUCGGUUGUGUCGCAAUAUAAACCCCUGGGGAGCGUGGCGGCCAUUUGCCCCCAGCAGCUCUUUGUGAUCCUACCUCAGCCGCGUCGCGUCCCAUUCCCAUCGCAUUCUGCGAUUCGAAGCUCUCUGUUCGCAGCCAUGGCGAAGAGCUACCCGACCGUGAGCGCCGAGUACAGCGAGGCCGUCGAGAAGGCCAGGCAAAAGCUCCGCGCCCUCAUCGCCGAGAAGAGCUGCGCCCCACUCAUGCUCCGCCUCGCGUGGCACUCCGCCGGGACGUUCGACGUGUCGUCGAGGACCGGCGGUCCCUUCGGCACGAUGAAGAACCCGGCGGAACUGGCGCAUGGCGCCAACGCGGGGCUGGACAUCGCGGUGCGGCUGCUCGAGCCCAUCAAGGAGGAGUUCCCCAUCCUCUCUUACGCCGAUUUCUACCAGCUCGCGGGAGUUGUGGCCGUGGAGGUCACUGGUGGGCCUCAGAUCCCCUUCCACCCCGGUAGGGAGGACAAGCCUCAGCCCCCACCCGAGGGCCGUCUUCCUGAUGCCACUAAGGGUUCUGACCACCUGAGGCAAGUCUUUGGCAAGCAGAUGGGUCUGAGCGACCAGGACAUUGUUGCCCUUUCUGGUGGCCACACCUUGGGAAGGUGCCACAAAGAGCGGUCUGGUUUUGAGGGGGCCUGGACUUCAAACCCUUUGGUCUUCGACAACUCUUACUUCAAGGAACUUCUGAGUGGUGACAAGGAGGGCCUUCUUCAGCUCCCAAGUGACAAAGCCCUGCUGAGCGACCCUGCCUUCCGCCCUCUUGUGGAUAAAUAUGCUGCGGAUGAGAAGGCAUUCUUUGAAGACUACAAAGAAGCCCACCUCAAGCUCUCCGAACUGGGGUUCGCUGAUGCUUAAAUGGCCCCUAUCCUGGAGUGAUCCAAACUGCUGCCUGUAUGGAAUCAUGUGCAUCUGGAGUUAGAGUGAACCAGCAGAUUGUCUCGUGUCUUCUAUGUAAUAAAUUUGUCGCUGUUGAGCCCUCAGGCUGUUCUUGGAACUUUGGCUAUGGUUGAACGGGGGGGACCCUUUGCCUAUACUCUGAUGCUGUAUGCAACUGAAACUAGUAGAUCUAUGAUCUUAUGGCUGCAGUAUGUUCUUGUUACUUUGCUUA